AUGGCGCAACUUCUGCGCCUUAUGAUGGAAGACCGUGAGGCAGCCCGUGCAGAGCGCCAAGCUAACCUUGCUACCCUUCAGCACCUCGCUCAAAUUGCUACCAAAAACGCCAACAACAAUAAUGGCGGGGAUGGUAAUGCAGACCCCCGCUCCAAGCUGAAGGAUUUCCAGAGCACCAAUCCACCUGUCUUCUCCAAGUGCACUGAACCCCUCGACGCCGAUGACUGGCUUCGCACCAUUGAGAACAACCUGGAAGUUGCCGGAGUCAGCGACAAUGAGAAGGUUUUGUUCGCCACCCAUUAUCUUUCUGGACCUGCCCGCGCUUGGUGGGAAAACGUCAAGGCUAUUCAAGCUGAGGGACACGUCAUCAACUGGGAAGAAUUCAAGACCAAGUUCCGCAAGACCCACAUUCCAUCAGGACUGAUUAAGCUCAUGAAGGACAAAUUCAUGAAUCUGAAGCAAGGAAGCAUGACUGUGGUGGAAUAUAUGGACAAGUUCACCACUCUGUCCAGGUAUGCUCCAGAAGACACCGACACUGAAGAAAAGAAGAAGGACCGUUUCUCGAAUGGUCCGCAUGAUGAGAUGCAGAGUAUUUUGGUCGCUGUUCCGUACCCUGACCUUGAGUCCCUUGUUGAUGCCUCUAUCAUGGUGGAGAGCAAGCGCAAGAGUGCGUUUGAGAACCGCAAGCGCAAGGCGAUGAUGCAGCAAGGCAGCUCCAGCAAUCAGCGACCCCGCAGCUUUCCUCCACCAAGGCCGGCGCCCCAGCAGCAGAGGACACCACCCCCUGCACCUCGCCCCAACAACCCCAACCGCAACUUCAACCCUCAGCGUUCUGGAGGAAACAACUACAAUCCCAACUACAACCGCCCGAACAACAUUGUCCGCCCCGUCACCAACGGAUGCUACACUUGCGGACAGCCGGGUCAUUUCUCCAAGGAGUGUCCCAACAAGAUGAACACUGCUCAGCGCCCCAAUGCGCCCAAGCCAAAUCAGGGUCAAGCUCGCACUGCCGCCGGAAGGAACCAGAACCAGAAGAAGCCAGCUGGACCAGCUAGGGGACACCUCAACCAUGUCAACGCAGAAGAAGCUCAGGAAGCUCCGGAUAUUGUUCUGGGUACGUUCCCUGUCAACUCAGUCCCCUCGACUGUUUUGUUCGACUCUGGAGCCUCGCAUUCUUUCGUUACCAAGCCCUUUGUGAAAAAGGGAGGCUUAACCCCCACCCCCUUGAAACGACCUAUGCUUGUACAAAUCCCUGGAUCCACUAGCAGAACCCAGAGUUCCUGCAAAGAGGUUCCCAUAGAUAUUCAGGGAAAGCGUUUCCACGCAAAUCUGAUAGUGUUGGGUGAGCAAGGUUGGAAGUUAUUUUAG